CGGCGCCGCGUCCACCAAACGUUUGGAAGCGGCUGCUGAUUUUUUUACUUAUCGGUGUAAUCUGCCGACUAAACCUCUUCAAAAUGACGUUCUCCAAGAACAACAAGAUGCUGAGUCACAUCGGCUACAGGAUGAAGGUGACCAUGCAGGACAGCCGAACGUUCAUUGGUAUAUUCAAAGGUAAGAGAGAGGUAACAUUGUCUUGCACCCUACAGGAGGGACCCCGCGUCAACCUCACCGGUGCUGCCCCCGGCCCCGGCAUUGGCAGGCCCGCUGGCCGUGGCAUGCCUGGCCCUGGUGGUGCUGGCCUGCAGGGACCCGUGCGUGGAGUGGGUGGACCAUCCCAGCAGAUGAUGCAGCCUGCAGCCCGUGCCGGCCCCCAGCUCAACAUGCCACCCCGUGGAGGUCCCCCUGGCUCCAUGCCCCCACACAUGAUGGGUGGCAUGCCCCCACACAUGGGCCGUGGUGGUCCCAUGGGACCCCCCAGUGGCUCCAUGAUGAGAGGAGGUCCCCCUGGAGGCCGACCCUACUGAGGUGCCCCCGCCUUGGUCCUCCUCCCACUCCUCACCACCCCUGGUUACCUGCAGAGGCUCCUUGUCACCAUCACUCACCAUUGCUCUUCCUCUUUACUCUCAUCAUGUGUUUUAAGUCAAGUUAUGUUUACCUUUAUUGGUAUAAAUGUUAUCAGUUAAGAAAAUAUUUUUACUUGAGUUCAAUUUCUUAAAGUUUUGAUAUAAAUUUGUACUCAGAGUUUGUGCUCUUUAAAAUGUCUUCUAUUUGUCUUUUUCUGCCAUUAUUUUGGUAGGUAAAGAUUUUUUGUACAAAUUGAGACUUAAAUACAAUAUCAUCAUCAUCAUAA